AUGGCAGGGUCUAAGACGGACUUCCCCCAGGACCUGAUGGAGCAGGUCAGGCACCUGGAGGAGAUCUUCAUCGUCGACGAGAAGAAGCUCAAGGAAAUCACCAACCACUUUAUUUCGGAGCUCGCCAAAGGCUUGAGCGUCGAGGGCGGCAGCAUUCCCAUGAACCCGACCUGGGUCAUGUCGUUCCCCGAUGGCUACGAGACAGGGACCUUCCUCGCCCUCGACAUGGGCGGUACGAACCUGCGAGUCUGCCAGAUCACCCUGACUGAGCAAAAGUCCGAGUUCGACAUCUUGCAGUCCAAGUACCGCAUGCCCGAGGAGCUCAAGACGGGCAACAGCGACGAGCUCUGGGAGUACAUUGCCGACUGUCUGUACCAGUUCAUUGAGACACACCAUGGCGGCUGCAACAUCGAGUCCCUACCCCUGGGCUUUACGUUCUCCUACCCUGCCACCCAGAACUACAUCGACGAGGGCAUCCUCCAGCGCUGGACCAAGGGCUUCGACAUCUCUGGCGUCGAGGGUGAAAACGUCGUGCCCAUGUUUGAAGCGGCGCUGGCUAAGCGUGGCGUCCCCAUCAAGCUGACGGCCCUGAUCAACGACACCACGGGAACCAUGAUCGCGUCCGCCUACACCGACACCAAGAUGAAGAUUGGCUGCAUCUUUGGCACCGGUUGCAACGCCGCCUACAUGGAGGAUGUCGGCUCGAUUCCUAAGCUCGCCCACAUGAACAUGCCGCCUGACACGCCCAUGGCUAUUAACUGCGAGUGGGGAGCCUUCGACAAUGAGCACAAGGUGCUUCCCCGGACCGAGUUCGACAAGAUCAUCGACCGAGACUCCCCUCGUCCGGGCCAGCAGGCGUUCGAGAAGAUGAUCGCUGGGCUGUACCUUGGCGAGAUCUUCCGCUUGGUCCUUGUCGACCUCCACGACAACAAGGACGUGCACAUCUUUGAGGGCCAGGACAUUUCCCACCUGCGAAAGGCAUACACACUGGACUCUUCCUUUUUGUCUGCCAUCGAGGAGGAUCCCUUUGAGAAUCUGCAGGAGACGUUUGACCUGUUCCACUCCAAGCUCAGCAUUACCUGCACACUGCCCGAGCUUGAGCUGAUCCGCCGGCUCGCCGAGCUCAUUGGCACUCGAGCCGCCCGCCUGUCUGCUUGCGGCGUCGCUGCCAUUUGCAAAAAGAAGGAUUACAAGACGUGCCACGUCGGCGCCGACGGCUCAGUCUUCAACAAGUACCCCCACUUCAAGGCGCGCGGCGCCCAGGCGCUCCGCGAGAUCCUCGACUGGCCCGAAAAGACCAACCCCAAGGAAGAGGAUCCCAUUGAGAUCCUUGCUGCCGAAGACGGCAGUGGUGUCGGUGCCGCCCUGAUCGCCGCCCUGACCCUGAAGCGUGUCAAGGCAGGCAAUAUGGCUGGUAUCCUGCACCCCGAGAACUUCCAGUAG